AUGGUCGUCGAAGUCAUCUCCAGUUCGAUGCUGCUUGGCGUGAAGAGCGGCGUCAGUGUCCACUCGUCCAACCGCUUCGACAAGUUGGUCCACGCAUUGAGGGAGGCCCUUGGCCCGUCGUCGGGGUUGACUUCGGAUGAUGUCGACGUCGGCUUCCUCACACGCCUGAUGGUCGAGUACGACAGCGAACCGGCAGAGUGGGCUCAGUAUGCCUUUGGCGACGCCAGCCGUGGCUACACUCGUAACCUCGUCGACGAGGGCAACGGCAAGAGCAACUUGCUCGUCCUCGUAUGGUCACCCGGAAAGGGCAGCCCGAUUCACGACCACGGCAACGCCCACUGUUUGAUGAAGAUUCUCCAUGGCAGUCUGACUGAAACUCGCUACGCCUUCCCUGAGGAGGGUGGCGCAGCGGGACCCAUGACGGUCAUCUCGGAGAAGACAUACAAUGAGAACGGCGUGACUUACAUGGCGGACGAGCUCGGCCUUCACCGCGUCUCCAACCGAGGCAGCAACUUUGCCGUCUCCUUGCACCUCUACACUCCCCCCAACGUGGCCAAGGGAGGAUGCCACAUCUUCGACGAGAAGACGGGGAAGAGUAGCCACGUGCCUAGCUGCAACUACUAUUCAGCAUAUGGUCGUCUGCUGAAGCAGUAG